AUCAAAUUAAAGCAUUGUUAGUGAUCAUCACAACUUCAAAAGUAGCUUCAUUAUUAACUCAUUUAGUCAAAAAACCAUGGUUUCCAAAAGUCUACCAAAGCUUCCUACAGUUAACCUCACGUUAAACUUGACCCCUGGAACAAGUUCAUGGACAUCAACAUGCAACAAAAUCAGGCAAGCACUCGAAGAAUACGGUUGCUUCGUCGCAGUGUACGACAAGUUUACCCUAGACUUCCACAACAAGGUGGUCGACGUUAUACAACCAAUGUUUGACCUCCCUACGGAGGUUAAAGCUAGAAACUUCUCUGAUCUACCCUACCACGGGUAUUAUAAGCCUGGCAAGUCGAUGCCACUCCUUGAAAGUCUAGGCAUCGAGGAUGCAGCAAUGCCUGACAAGAUGCAAAGUUUCACUAACCUCUUGUGGCCUACUGGGAACGAUCAAUUUUGUGAAACUAUCUAUGAAUAUGCAAAGAAAGUAUCUGAGCUAGAACAAUUGGUUAUGAAGAUGGUGUUUGAGACCUAUGGUGUAGAGAAAUACCUCGAGUCACAUCUCAACUCGACGACAUACCUUCUACGGAUAGCCAAGUACAGGGUACCACAAGAGAAUGAACAUAACCUUGGGGCAAUAGGUCAUACAGACAAGAACUUUAUAACUAUACUUCAUGAGAAUGAUGUCAAUGGUUUGGAAGUUCAAACUAAAGAUGGUGAAUGGCUUAGUUUUGAGUCCUCACCUCAGUCUUUUGUUGUCAUGGCAGGGGAACCUUUCUUGGCAUGGAGUAAUAACAGAAUACAUGCACCUCUACAUCGCGUAAUAAUGAAGGGAGAUAAGCCAAGAUAUUCAUUUGCCUUAUUUUCUACUACGAAAGACACCAUUGAAACACCCAAGGAGUUGGUCGAUGAUGAGCAUCCAUUACAGUUUAAGCCAUUCGAUUACAUGGGAUUGCUUCGAUUUUAUACCGAAGAUGUUACUCGAAUGGCUGUGUGUACCAUCAAAGACUACUGUGGAGUAGUCUAAUAAACUACAAUGGAGUUCUUUCUUUGUUAUAUAUGUUCUGAUUAGUGAACAAAGAGAAUGAUAAUAAUAGGUGUAAGAAUGAUGUAAUUACCUCAUAAAAUUUAAAAUUAGCAAGUAAUUUGUAAUAGUCAUGCAUCUUCUAAAAGAUCAUAGACUUUUCAAAACUUUCCCUAUUUUUCUAAAGACAUGUAAUGAAUUUAUAAAUUAUAAGAUGGUUGUUUUGAGAAUGGAAACUCCAAGUUAGCUCCCAAAGCCAUUAGUUGUCUAAACUUGUCGUAUGUACGUUUUUUUGUUGUUGUUUAGAAAGCCACGAGGAUGGGAUGAAAAUGAAUCAUAAAAUCUCUUGAAAUCGAGACUACUUGAGUUAUCCCUCACUCUC